AGCGUUUACACGAUAUUGACUGGAUAGGGAAACUUUGAUCAUUCAAGGAAGUUAUUUGUUUACUCUUCUGAACGAGGAGCUGAAAGUUGUUGUAUGGACUGAGAAGAAAUAUUAUAAAAUAAUACGAAAUCCCAUGAGAUUUUAGGAGACCAUUGCAGAAGUCGGACGGAACCCCUGCAACAGUGAUUAAGUGAUAAACAAGAAACUAGAUCGUGAUGGCUUGGACAACCUACCAAAUUGCACUUGCCAUUGUUAUGGUCAUAACAGGCUCCCUUAAUACCUUAUCUACAAAGUGGGCAGACAGACAGUUAGCUGUGGGAUCAGAUGGCAAGGAAAGAAAAUUCGACCAUCCUUUUCUGCAGGCAGUUGGAAUGUUUAUUGGAGAGUUUACCUGCUUGAUUGCAUAUUUUGUGAUCAAAAUGUGUUGUCGUCAACAGCAGGUUGUAGACGGGGAGCAGCCAAGAUCGUUUAAUCCGCUGAUAUUCCUGCCAGCAGCCUUGUUAGAUAUGUGUGGGACAUCCAUUAUGUACAUAGGCCUAAACCUUACAUACGCUUCAAGCUUUCAGAUGUUAAGAGGUGCUGUUAUUAUCUUCACAGCAUUACUUUCUGUAGCAUUUCUGGGCCGUGUAAUCAAGAAACAUAUGUGGGUUGGAAUGUUUACUGUGUUGUUAGGGUUGUUGCUGGUUGGGCUUGCUGACAUUGUAUUCGGAUCUCAUGAUGAUACUACAACCAAUACAAAUGGUAUCAUUGCAGGUGAUUUAUUGAUCAUCAUGGCACAGGUCAUUGUGUCAGUACAGAUGGUGUAUGAAGAAAGGGUGAUAGGACGGUAUAAUGUACAGCCACUUGCUGCUGUUGGCAGUGAAGGAUUAUUUGGUGCCUUGGUUCUAGGGAUCCUUUUGAUACCCUUCUACUAUAUUCACGCCGGAAGUUUCAGUAACACAGCAGGUAACAGACUGGAGAACGCCGAAGAUGCUUUUGUGCAAAUGGGAAACAAUUGGAAAAUCAUUUUAGCAACAGUUGGUAAUAUAAUGAGUAUAGCAUUUUUCAAUUUUGCUGGUAUUAGUGUAACCAGGGAGCUGAGUGCCACUACAAGAAUGGUGCUGGACAGUGUUCGGACACUGGUCAUCUGGGCUGUAACAUUGUUACUGUCCUGGCAGGACUUUCAAUACUUGCAGGUUGUAGGUUUUGUAUUACUGGUGAUAGGGAUGGCAUUAUAUAAUGAUAUAAUUAUCAUGCCGUGGUGGAGGCGUAGAAAGGAGAGAAGAGAGAUGAGAGAGAUUGAGCGGCAUGAUGGGGAUGAUGAUGAAAGACGAAGGUUAUUGGAGAAUGAUGGGGCUGGUCAUGUUGUUAACUAGUGUGAGCUGUAACCACGGAUACCGGUGAACAAAGUGUGGUUUAUAUGUGAUAUUUUUCCUUACUAUCUCAUUCUUCGAUCUUUAUCAGGAGUGUAUUACAAGAAGUCAUCACAGCCACAUUUCAGGAUACUUCAUAAUUCUAUCUUUAUCUCAGAAUUUUUAACUGACCAAUCAUAGAGCUGCAUUUCAAGUUCCUGCCCUUUACCAUUUAGGUUAAAGUUUUACAGACUGAGUGUUUUUACAAUGAGAAAUAUGGUGAUGUUAGAAGUAAAUAUCACCAUAAUUCAGAAAUUGAAUUCAGUUUUUUAAUCACACAUGUUUUAAGAAGAUAUUGUAAGGGUUCAGUGCUUUAGUUUGAACUUUUUAACCAGGUUUUCAACGAAAACCUGAGUUAUUAGAUUGGGGUAGAUGUCGGUCGAGCGGGCGGUGGCGGCGGCGGCGGCGGCGUCAAACUGGUGUUUCCGGUCAAUAACUUUUGUUUCGGUAAAGAUAUUUGAAUAAAACUUGGUAUGUAUGUAGCUUAUAUCAAGACAAAGGCUGGGAUUGAUUUUGGGGUUUCUGGGGUCAAGGUCACUGUUACUUAAAAUAGAAAAAGGGUUUCCGGUCAAUAACUUUUGUUUCGGUAAAGAUAUUUGAAUAAAACUUGGUACGUAUGUAGCUUAUAUCAAGACAAAGGCUGGGAUUGAUUUUGGGGUUUCUGGGGUCAAGGUCAAGGUCACUGUUACUUAAAAUAGAAAAAGGGUUUCGGGUCAGUAACUUUUGUUUCGGUAAAGAUAUUUGAAUAAAACUUGGUAUGUAUGUAGCUUAUAUCAAGACAAAGGCUGGGAUUGAUUUUGGGGUUUCUGGGGUCAAGGUCAAGGUCACUGUUACUUAAAAUAGAAAAAAGGUUUCCGGUCAAUAACUUUUGUUUCGGUAAAGAUAUUCGAAUAAAACUUGGUGUGCAUGUAGCUUAUAUUAAGACAAAGGCUGGGAUUGAUUUUGGGGUUUCUGGGGUCAAGGUCAAGGUCACUAUUACUUAAAAUGGAAAAAGGGUUUCCGGUCAAUAACUUAACUUAGGAAUGAGCUAUCAUGAUGAAACUUGGUGUAUAGCAAACUUAUAUAAAGUUGUAGCUUGGGAUUGAUUUUGGGGUUUCUGGGAUCAAGGUCAAGGUCAUUGUUACUAAAAAUAGGGUUAGGGUUAGGUUAGGGUUAGGGUUAGCAUAUCUUCUACAUGCAUGGAGGGAUUUUGAUGAAAGUUGGCACAAUUGUUCAUCAUCAUGAGACGGAGUGUCAUGCGCAAGAACCAGGUCCCUAGGUCUAAGGUCAAGGUCACACUUAGAGGUCAAAGGAUACAAGAAUGAAAAGUGUGUCUGGAGCAUAUUUUCUUCAUGCAUAGAGGGAUUUUGAUGUAACUUGGCACAAUUAUACACCAUCAUGAGACGAAGUGUCUUGCGCAGUUCCAUUCUUUAGAAUUACUUCCCUUUGUUGUUACUAUAAAUAGCUUAUAUUGUAACUUUUUCAUUACUAGACGUAGGGAAAAAUCGAGACCACUUUUCUGUAGUACAACAUGCAUGUUACAUCCAAUUUUGAGGUGUAUUUUGACCAAUCUCUACCUGGUUAGGAUUUCUGUGUGGACUUAAAAUUAUUUUUUUUGUUUAUUUUUUUUGUUUGUUUUUUUUUUAGAUUAACUUCCCUUAGUUGUUACUAUAAAUAACUUAUAUUGUAACUUUUUUAUAAUUGACCGUAGGGAAAAACCAAGACCACUUUUCUGUGGUACAACAUAGUUGUUACUUUCUAAUUUUAGGUGAAUUUUAAGGUAUCUCUACCUGGUAAGGAGUUUUUUUGUGGACUUAGAAAAACAAAAGAAUUACAGUGAUUACUAAACAACCACAAAAUUAAAAUUACAUCUGCAAAUACAGGUGCUAGAGUAAAGAAAUUUGCUGUGACGGGCGUAUAUUGUGACAUUCUGGCACUCUUGUUUAUUCUUAUGAAAAGUGUUGAAAACCUGGUUUCGUGGCAUUGCCGCGUUUCUUGUUAAAAGUUUUAAACAGGGUAUCUAUGAUAAAAUUGUGUAGAAAGAUUAAUACAUAUACAUAGAGUAUUGAUACUCAAGAUUUCUGAUACUGUGAAAGUAAAGUUUCCAUCCAUUUUUAGCUCACCUGUCACAAAGUGACAAGGUGAGCUUUUGUGAUCGCGCGGUGUCCGUCGUCCGUCCGUCCGUGCGUCCGUAAACUUUUGCUUGUGACCACUCUAGAGGUCACAUUUUUCAUGGGAUCUUUAUGAAAGUUGGUCAGAAUGUUCAUCUUGAUAAUAUCUAGGUCAAGUUCGAAACUGGGUCACGUGCCAUCAAAAACUAGGUCAGUAGGUCUAAAAAUAGAAAAACCUUGUGACCUCUCUAGAGGCCAUAUAUUUCACAAGAUCUUCAUGAAAAUUGGUCAGAAUGUUCACCUUGAUGAUAUCUAGGUCAAGUUUGAAACUGGGUCACGUUCCAUCAAAAACUAGGUCAGUAGGUCUAAAAAUAGAAAAACCUUGUGACCUCUCUAGAGGCCAUAUAUUUCACAAGAUCUUCAUGAAAAUUGGUCAGAAUGUUCACCUUGAUGAUAUCUAGGUCAAGUUUAAAACUGGGUCACGUGCCGUCAAAAACUAGGUCAGUAGGUCAAAUAAUAGAAAAACCUUGUGACCUCUCUAAAGGCCAUAUUUUUCAUGGGAUCUGUAUGAAAGUUGGUCUGAAUGUUCAUCUUGAUGAUAUCUAGGUCAAGUUCGAAACUGGGUCACCUGCGGUCAAAAACUAGGUCAGUAGGGCUAA